CAGCUUUAGGGGAGAGGAAAUAAUCUCAGCUCUGACCGCAAGGCUUGAUUGAUAUAUUCCGCUGUAUUCUUCUAAAAGCGCGCGAUUAUAAAGAUUAACACGCACGUGAAUACUGGUGUAAAUAAAUAAAUAAUGUGCAAAGUGUACCGUUUUUCAUAGUAAAGACUAACGUUAGUUGUAGGAAAACACUAUGACGCUUAUCAGGGCGGAGUCCCGUGCAACGUUACAUUUAUUAUUUUCGCAUGCGAAACUCUACAUGCAGUAAACCGAUUAAACCUUGCUGCUGUAUAAGGUUUACUUUUAAGCUCCCUUCGCAGGGUGCUUCAAGGAAAAGUGGCGCCUUUCUUCGAAUGUGCCCUAGAAAAAAAACUAUUACGGAUGCUGGAGCCACAUAUCCAGAGGUCUGAAGUUCUGUCAGAAACGUGUUUAGGCUAAGGGGCAGAAGAGAAAAGAUGUAUAAUUUCUGAUGCUUGUUCUAAAACGUUGAUAGAAGAUAUAAACUGAACGUGCUACUAUCACACGAAGAAAUCGAGCUUCCCUGAGGAAUACUUUCACAGAAGUUACGGAUCCUCGUUACUAAUCUGAAUCACACUCUUGGAAAAGGAACUAAAUCAUGGAGACUGCCCUUCUCAUCUGUAUCUUGUUGGCCUGUGCUGUGGCAACACAAACUGUGCCUCCUACAAUACAAGGUCAGACUUCAACACGGCCUCAUCUGACUGGCUGCUUCUCACGAGAGCUGAUGACUUUCCAUUGUCAGUGGGAGACUGGAUCCCUCCAGAACCACACAGAACUCGAGGAUCUGAGUCUUUUCUACAUGUUAAAAAAGGAUUCUAAGAAAUGGGUGGAAUGUCCAAGUUACAGUUCCAUAAAGAAAAAUGAAUGCUACUUUGAUUCCAGUAAUACCAUUAUAUGGUACCCUUACGUGGUCCAGCUGCGUUCACGAUCUCUUGAUGUUGUUUAUGAUGAAAUUUCCUUCAACGUGGAAGACAUUGUGUUUCCAGACCCACCUGUGGGACUGAACUGGACACUUUUGAAAAUGGGCUCAACUGGCUUAAUCUAUGACGUGGUUGUGAGUUGGGAUCCACCCCCAUCUGCUGCAGAGAAUGUGAAAAUAGGAUGGAUCUUGCUGGUAUACGAGACACAGUACAGAGAAAAGGGUUCAGAACAGUGGAACUCACUGAAUAAUGGCAAAGACACACAGGCGCACAUCUAUGGUCUGCAAAGCAGCAUUGAAUAUGAAGUCAGAGCCAGGACAAAAAUGAGAGGCUACAACUUUGGUGUCUUCAGUGACUCCAUCUUUAUACUUGUUCCUAACAUAGAAUCAAGAAUUCCUAUUACAGCUGUGUUGGUCUUCGCUGCCAUUGGUAUCGCGAUUAUUUUGAUGCUGGUGGUAGUUUCACAUCAACAAAAGUUAAUGGUGAUUUUCCUGCCACCAGUCCCUGGACCAAAAAUCAAAGGAAUUGAUCCUACGCUUUUACAGAAAGGUCAAAUGAGUGAAUUCACGUCAAUCUUAGGCACCCAGUUGGGCUUGCGGCCAGAACUGUACAGCAACGAUCCAUGGGUAGAGUUCAUGGAGGUGGACAUCGACGAACCGCAUUACAGCCAGGAGGAGCUCCUCGUCUCUGAUUCGCCUCAAAUGUCCAGUAGUUUCAGGGAUGAUGACUCAGGUCGGGCUAGCUGCUGUGAUCCAGACCUGUCAGAUCAUGAUCAAACUGAUCACCUACAUCACCAUUUGCCCAGCAACCAUGAUGGUUUCCACCCAUUGACACGUGCACAAUCUGGGCCAGAGCAACCUGCAGCUGUCUGUCCACAAGACACAACCUGGUCAAAAAGCCUUUACUCACAAGUGAGUGAUGUCACUCGAUGUGGUGAAGUUGUGCUUUCUCCUGAACAACAAGAAAUUCGGAAGGAUGAAGACCACAAUAAAAGGGAAGAAAUCCAACAGUUGGUAGUGAUUCCUGAUGAAAGAGGCUACACCUCUGAGUUUGUUGCCAGCACAAUCAGCACCAACCAAAAUAAACCAAACCCACCGGCAGACCAAUCACAGAAUCAAGAACCACACAGUGCAUUCAGAGACCUUCAAAUCCUGGGCACUGAAACCGUUAUGUCGCCACAGUCCACUGCAUUUCCCAUCCUUGCACUGCCUACCAGUCCAGAGUACACCAUGAUAGAUGGCGUGGACUGGAAAAACAGUCUCCUCCUGAAACCUAAUACACCAACCGCUCCACAGAAGGCAGCGGUGACUUUGCCAACUCCUGAAGGGUACUUGACUCCUGACUAGUGGUCAACCAAUAUAUUGCCAAGGCCGAUAUAUCGGCUGAUAUUUGGCAUUUUUAAAUAUCGGCAUUGGGCAAUACGUUUUUGUGCUUGGCCGAUGUGUUCGAGGCGGAACUUUUAUUUUUACGGUGCUGAGAGUGGCAGCGCUGUCAUUGAACAGUUUGUCUAAUAAUCAGAUAGAACUGUUGAACAAAUUAAUUAAAAGGUAUACACAAAGUAUUAUAAUGACCGAUUUUAUAUUAUUAAUAACUGAAAGGCAAACAAUACUUUCUCAUUUGCCAUCAGCAUUCAGCAAAUACGCACAUCAUUAAAACAAACCUUUAAGUGACUAAUGAAAAUGUAAUUUCAAAAACCUUGCAGACGUAGUCGAAUCCAGCUGUAAGAUCUUGUGUAGUGUGCAUUUGUAUAUUGCCUGAUUGCGUGUGCUCUGUGUGACAGUUGAUCCGUGCGAAUUGAAUCCGGAGAAAAGAGGUCAGCUUCACUGGAGAUGCGCAAUCAACUUUAAACUCGUGAUUUCAUACUAUGUUGAUUUAUGCAAUUGCGCACUGUCAUGUUCAUGCCAUUUUUACUGUGUGCUGCAUGUAAAAUAAGUGUUAGCUUGGCUUUUGUUGAAAAAUUAUGAUUCCCAAUGCACACAAACUUGUUAUACUUAUCUAUCUAUCUAUCUAUCUAUAUAUAUAUAUAUAUAUAUAUAUAUAUAUAUAUAUAUAUAUAUAUAUCUUGGCUUUAUAUGAGCAAUCUGCCACCCUGCCCUCUUAGAUAUCGCCAUCGGCUGUCAAAAAAACAAUAUUGGUCGAUCACUAAUCCUGACCUACUCGACAACAUUAACUAAAAGUGGAGUACAUUUGCUCUUCGUGAGAUAUCUGAAUCUUAAAUGUAUUCAAAUAUAUAAAAUAUUAGAAGAUAAAAAGGGAAAAUAAUAUAUUACAAUAUAUCACAAUAUAUUUUAAGAAAUAUAUUGGUAAAUAUAUUUUCCUUUCGUAAGGGAUGCAGCAGAAGAAUGUUAGUUGUUAAAUACAAAACGAUAUUAACUGAUAUUUUAUGCUCUCACAUGUUGUGUAACAGCUAUAUUGCUCUAUUACAGCUCCAUAAUUUAUGCACUUAUUUAUUUUCACUGAACUAACUACCAACUAUGGCUGUGUAAACUGCAAAGUGCCUACUUUAGAUUAUAUUUCAUCAUCAGUGUUAAAAAUAGUGCACAUUUAAAUCAAAAGGGGUUUAUGUGAACUGUUUAUGUGAACUGUUACUGGCUCUUGUCCUCAGUGCUAUUUUUUUUCUUAAAGGACUGGACUGGCUUUUGUGCCACAGUGAUGUAAAUAUGUAACAAGCGUUCUAGAAAUACACACACACACACACACACAAUAAUGGCUUUUUUUUGUCAAUUGGGUUUGAAUACUCAUUGCUAUGUUUUGGCCUUGGUUCAGUAUUACUUAUCAGUGCACUAUGUUUUUAAAGCUAUAAUGUGACCACAUUGUCUCUAAAUAAAUGGCAGCAAUGAACUUCGAAA